AUGGCCGACAAGGGACUCGAGGAUGUCCCCGAAGGGCAGAUCGAGUCCAACUACGAUGAGACCGUCGACUCUUUCGACGAGAUGAACCUGAAGUCGGAGCUGCUUCGAGGUAUCUAUGCCUACGGUUUCGAGCGCCCGUCUGCUAUCCAGCAGCGCGCUAUCAUGCCCGUUAUCAAGGGCCACGAUGUCAUUGCCCAGGCCCAGUCUGGUACCGGCAAGACCGCCACUUUCUCGAUCUCGGUCCUCCAGAAGAUCGACACCAACGUCAAGCAGUGCCAGGCCUUGAUCCUUGCCCCGACUCGUGAGCUUGCUCAGCAGAUCCAGAAGGUCGUUGUUGCCAUUGGUGACUUCAUGAACAUUGAGUGCCACGCCUGCAUUGGUGGCACCAGCGUUCGUGAUGACAUGAAGGCUCUUCAGGACGGUCCCCAGGUCGUUGUCGGUACCCCUGGCCGUGUUCACGACAUGAUUCAGCGCCGCUUCCUCAAGACCGACGGCAUGAAGAUGUUUGUCCUUGAUGAGGCCGAUGAGAUGCUUUCGCGUGGUUUCACCGAGCAAAUCUACGACAUCUUCCAGCUCCUCCCCCAGUCGACCCAGGUUGUCCUGCUGUCGGCCACCAUGCCCCAGGACGUCCUGGAGGUCACGACCAAGUUCAUGCGCGACCCCGUCCGCAUUCUGGUCAAGAAGGACGAGCUUACCUUGGAAGGUAUCAAGCAGUUCUACAUUGCCGUCGAGAAGGAGGAGUGGAAGCUCGACACCCUCUCGGACUUGUACGAGACUGUCACCAUUACCCAGGCUGUCAUUUUCUGCAACACCCGCAGAAAGGUCGACUGGCUCACGGAUAAGCUUACUGCCCGUGACUUCACUGUGUCUGCCAUGCACGGUGACAUGGACCAGGCCCAGCGUGACCUGAUCAUGAAGGAGUUCCGCUCGGGUUCGUCCCGUGUGCUGAUUGCCACCGACUUGCUCGCUCGUGGUAUCGACGUCCAGCAGGUUUCGCUGGUCAUCAACUAUGACCUUCCCGCCAACCGUGAGAACUACAUCCACAGGAUUGGUCGUGGCGGUCGUUUCGGCCGAAAGGGUGUCGCCAUCAACUUUGUCACCGCCGACGAUGUGCGCAUGAUGCGCGAGAUUGAGCAGUUCUACAGCACGCAGAUCGAGGAGAUGCCUAUGAACGUCGCCGACUUGAUUUAA